AUGCUGUCAGGGGUUCAGCCGUGCUUCCAGUUGCUCCGGAUCGGUUCGUCGACGGGUGACUCCGCACGGGACCUGUACACGUUCAGACCGGCUCUGAGCCAUUGCGUGUUCCGCCUGGGCCGAGCGGCGGAGCUGUGCGACGUCACGCUGGACUCUGCGUCGGUGUCCCGCAUCCAUGCUGAACUGCACGCCGAGAGGGAGGCGAGCGGAGGGGACGCGACGGCGCAGGAGGAGGGCUGGAUGGUUCACAUCAAGGAUAGGAGGCCUGGGAUUUUAAUCGGCACCUGGGUCAACGAGGUCCGCCUCCAGCCCGGCGUCCAGUGGGAGCUCUCAGAUGGCGACACGUUGACCUUUGGUGGCCAGUCGCCUCCAGGGAGCCCUGAAUUCUACUUCCUCUUCCAGAAGGUCAAAGUUCGCCCGCUGGACUUCGACGCCAUCACAAUCCCCAAGGCGGGAACCUUUUCCUCUGACUUACAGAACCGGAUCAGGACCAACCUGGACCGUAAGGUGGCGACCAACCUGGACCUGUCCAAGCUGUCCAUCAACCGGGCCACCGUCAUCCUCAACUCCAUCGGCAGCCUCAGUAAGAUGAAGGGCAGCGCCUGGACCUUCAAGAGGAGCUUCAGCCACGAGGGGACCGUCUCAGACCCCGGCUCCUCCUCCUCGCCGCCUCUCACCGUGGGCUUCUCCUCUCUGCUCCCUCCCUCCACCCCUCCAUCGUUCUCCUCCGCAGUGUCGGCGCCCUCAGCGAAGUCCCUCCCACUGACCUCCAGGAGCAGGAGGAAGUCGGCUCACACAGUGCUGCUCGAGGACGACAGCUCAGACGAGCCCAGGAGUCGAGGAGUUCUGGCAGGAGUUCCUGACGACGGACAGAGAGCGAGAGGGAAGAAGAGGCGGCGGCUCUACAAGUCUGAGUCAGAGAGUUUCUGUUCUCCUCCUCCCAUGCCGCUGCAGCCCAAGACCCACAACGACAUGAGGCGGCCACUGGAGGCCAAGCCCUUCCCCGUUGGCAUCAGGACCAUCGGCAGCUUCCAUGGCGCCAUGACCAACAGCAGACUCAACCACCACCUCCUCCAGGCGUCGUUCACCAACGCCACCGUUCACAAACAAGAGGUGGAGACGAUGCACCGCAUCAAGACGGUGGUGCAGGGAAACAUCGCCGCUUUCCGCCAACAGAAACCCGCCCAUUGUUCUCCGAUGGCGCAGAGGGGCAGGCGGAGGGCUCACAGCUCUCCGGUGUUCUCCCCUCUGGUGGUGGGAGGGGAGAACUACAGCCUGGCCUCGCCUUCAAUGAGGAUCCGCACAGAGGAGAGAGGGAGGGUCCAGUUCAACAGGUUUCACCAUCAAACAAGUAAGCGACGAGGCCGCCCCAGGAAACACCCCCUCCCUCCCCGGCCGUCCCUGCCCUCUCCAUCCUCCUCAUCCUCCUCUUCCACCUCCUCGGCCUCCUCCUCCUCCGGCUCCUCCUCCUCCUCCUCUGAGGACGAGGACGAUGACGAAGACGAAGAAGACGAGGAGGAUGAGGAGGAGGAGAUGGUGGCGGUCGGGGCGGUGGAGCCGUGCGCGGCCCCCCGGUGUCGGCUGCCCCAGCAGGACACGGUUCAGUGGAUCCAGUGCGACGUGUGCGACGCCUGGUAUCACAUAGACUGUCUCCAUGGUGACCGCAAGAAGCUGCUGGUGGAUCCGAAUGCCGACUUCCACUGUGGCUGUUGCUGAGAGCAGAGAGACAGUUUGUGACCAUCAAAUAAAUUGGACGUUAAAGUUUCCCCUUAAUGUUUAUUUCCUUCAGACACGAGGAAAUCAUCAGACUUUUCACAG